UGAAUUAUGAUUGGAUCAUUCCUCUUGGUGCACGCACUGAACACGUUCCUCGUGACAAGAGCGUAUUUGAACCCGAGAAAUAUGUUCGCUGUUUCCUAAUCUUCAAAACCAGCAAAUACCAUGAAUGUUAUUCCCUCAUUCAUUGAUGGUAGCAGCUAAAUAUUUGUGGUUAUUUUAAGAAUGGAAGGGUUAUUUUUAUAUCACUGACUUUGUUUGACAGGUCUUGUUCCACUCUGCCCACCGACGAGAACGGAUCCGCAAUCGCAAGACUCUCUUACUGGAGAGAGAGCCGGCGUUGCUUUAGCCCCAUUCCCAUUCCAGACUCCAAGACCACACCCUUUACUUCAAACGGAAUUGAAAACCCAAUUUCACAUCAGCUGUCAUCAUUGUUACUAUCCCAUCCCUUAUUCUUCGUAAUCAUUGACGUCGCCAUGGCACGCAUCUUCGCUAUUUCCGACCUCCAUGUCGAUCACCCAGAAAAUCUCCGGUGGCUGGAGGAACUUCCGUUCCAUCUCUACGAGAACGACAUCAUCUUGGUGGCAGGUGACGUCACAGACAAGCUUCCUCUUCUUAAGUCAACCCUCAUCACCCUCACCAAGAAGUUCAAGACGGUCUACUUCGUACCAGGCAACCACGAGCUUUGGGUCAAAGACAGGAAUAUCAUGAACAAUUGCAUGAACUCGGUGGACAAAUUUGAUCGAAUCCUCGACCUGUGCGAGACCAUCGGAGUCCGGACUGACCCGGGAAAAGAGGUCGUUGCGGACGGUGAAUCGGUGUGGAUAGUCCCGUUAUUUUCAUGGUAUGCAACACCAGAAGACGACAAACAAGACUCUCUUCACAUCCACGCCAGCCAUCUCCGCGAAGACGUCAAGCUCUGCAACCAACUGUGGAUGGACAACCACAACUGCGCCUGGCCUAAGGACCUCGGUAUGCCCCGGGCCAAGUUCUUCUGCAAGCUCAAUCACGCGCGAACGCAGACCAUCUACGACGCACCGGUCAUCACGUUCAGCCACUUCUUGCCGCGUAAGGAACUGGUGAAGUCCUCCAUCGCAGAUGAUCGUUGCAUCGUCCACGAGCGACGCCAUCUUGGAAAGCCGUUGCUGCUGCCCAAGAGGCAGGGGUCGAUGAAAGGUUUCAACUUCACCCGUUAUGCGGGCUGCCAAGGACUUGACACCCAGGUAAGGACAGUGGGCUCGAUUCUCCACGUCUACGGACAUCAGCAUCGUAAUCGAGACCGUGUCAUUGACGGCGUACGGUACGUGUCGCACUGCCUGGGCUACAAAAAGGAGCGCGAAGAGGGAUUCACUUAUGGCAUCAGAGAAUGGAACGGCCCCAAGCAGGUCUACCCACAAGUCCAUAAAUCCUAGCUUAACAUAUAAUUUACUGCAAUGGUUACCUCGUAUUAACAAUACAAUAGAAUAUAAACAUUGCGAGAAGCCUUUUGAACUGCAUUUUGUAGGGGGGGGGGGCAAGUUCUGAAAUCAUAUCACUAAGCAUCAUGUAGGCCUAUAUACAGUAUACUGUUUUAAUCUACUGACAGGUUUUUUUUUCAAUUUACUUUUGUGGCGUUGCCCCGAUAAGCCAUCCCUCGAAAUAAUUAAGGCUGUAGCAGGCCUAAAAUUAAGUAACGUAUAUUGUCUUUCAAUUUAUUAUUAAGUGAUUGCUCUUGUUCAACUUUUAGACAUGCGGCUGAAUAAAGAAUAUUUUGAAAAGGUGAAGUAUCAAAUUAUGUGCUUACUUUCGCACUUUUUCCUCGAAUUGUGUUUUCUUUCCACCUGCUGAUUUCGCCUUGUUCCUAUUUUUACCCUUUUUCAACUUCUAAUUGUUGUUGUUAAUGCUUUCCUUUGCUAAAAGGGGCCAUUUCCCCUUUGCUUCUCGUAUUCUUUUGUUUGUUAUCUUCUUGUUUUUCCAUUGAUGUUCCUCAUGAUGUACUUGAUGAUUUAGUUAUCGUCAUCAUUAUGGUAAUCAUUUCAACCGGAAAGGAAAGGAUAGGAUUAAUCAUUAUCACCAUGUUCAUUGUUAGACUGCUGGGCAAACCAUUCACUCGAGUUAAGGGUCUGAAUGUGCAGCCUACUCAUGCCUUGUGUACUGAAGGCCCUCUCGCUCAGGUUUGGUAUGUACUAGUCUUUGCGUGGAGGCACACUUGUUGAUCAAAGUUCCAAUCAUGGUCUGUGCCUGCAGACUAGUUCAUUGUCACCAACGAAGUCAUCAUCACCAUCAUCAUCAUCAUCAUCAUCAUCAUCACCAUCAUCAACAUUCAUCAUUUACAUAUUCACCAUCGAUAUCAUCAACGUUAUAUUUUUCGUCCUGUACGCCUAUUUAUUUUUGUUCUAGCUCUCCAUACCACUCUUGUUCUUCUAUUUUUUCAUUAAUGAAAUUUUGUUUUGUUUUGGCUUCAUUGAAUUCUGAUUAAACUGGUUAUGACCAAUCGAUUAUUAAAACUAUAAAGAUAAUAUUGAAACCCAAUGUCUGCAAUAUUCCUUGCAAUAACUCAUGGGAAGUAAACAAUUCCGCAUGACCACAUAGACAAAAUGUUAACUACUGGCAAUUUCAAACUUCACAUUUAUUACAAAUUAACUCAACUUUCUCUAUUUCAAAAGAGUAGACGUAUUCGCAGUUUGAGAUAGUGGAAUAUCUUCUGUAAUGAUUGUAUAUACUUUUUGUAAUAUAAAGUAUUAUCUGUGUACAAAGAAUAGGGGCCCGUUUCAUGAAGAGUUACAACUGUUGUAAAUUUGCCAUUAAGGCAACAGGGCUCAGCAGUCAAUCAAAAUCAACACUGCCAUGGUAGUUGUCAUAAUGGCAUAGAUACAACAGUUGUAGCUCUUUCUGAAACGGGCCAUAGAUGUAAAGUUAUUAAUUUAAAUCAUUUCAAGUUGCAUUCAGACUGUAUGUUGUAAAUAUUCAAAUUGCCGAAAUUGAAAUAAAAUAUGUGAAAUAUA